ACCACAACUUUCGUUCUGAGCAAGUAAGAUGCUUCGCAUCAAAGAAGUUAAAAGGUACAACCAGCGUUUGGGAUUCCCAGCCGGGAAGGAAGUCCGGAUCAAGCCACUGGAACAGGGGGACUUUGCGCGUGGUCCCAUCUACGUCAAGUACGGUCGGGAACUGUCCAGGCAUGAUCCAUCGUCUACCCGGAUGACUUGGAACGCGACGGUCUUCGAUACGGCUGUGAACCAUCCGCAGCAACCGUGGACGGUGACCAAGACCGGUGGCAACAAGCCGUUGGUUUUGGCGGUGAUGAAAAAGGGAUUGGGUGCGUCGGAGGAAGACCCACCGAAGAAUAUGGUGACCAAGGGCGGCGAUGAUCUGUCCGAAGAUAACUAUCAUGAGGGAAAUUCCACGCUCUUCCUGGUCAAGUGUGGAGGAAAGGACUUUGCCGUUGGAUUGGAUGACUUGAAAGAUUUGAACUCGUUUGGGAUCAAUGCCGGAGGCGGAAAAUUGUCCCUAAAAGGAGGUAGCCCUGUUAUGGACGUUGCAGGCAGUAUUGUUCCAGUUGAGCAGCAGGACGGGUCGGUUACGUAUGUUGCUGUGAAUAACGGUGCCAAAUCGGUGAUGUACAAGUUGAAUGAGAAAGGCCUGCAGAAGUCGCAGAAAAUUGAGUUGAGAGUUACGACUAACGCUGAGAAGAUAUUGCUCACCAAGCAAGGUGAAAUAUUGCAUAUUUCACCUCAAGGAUUAAAUGUGUAUACGGAGGAAGGAAGUUCAACAAAAUUCAAAUACUUCUGUCCGUAUUUCUCAGCACCUGGUGGAUGGAGCCAACAGUUUGUCGAUUCGGUUACGUUGAUGAAUAUCGAAGGGAAUCGGGAAGCAUUAAUUGGAACCGGUCCCAAGGGCAUCGAAUACUUUCCGAUUUCUGAUAAGUGCAAGAACUAUGUGAUUGAAGGAUCGGACGAUUUCAAACACGCUUUGGUGGCAGGAGGUGCUACGAAAAACGGCAACCAAAUUAAGGUUCUAGGGUACUACAACGGUGAAUUGUCUGUGAUCACAUUGGAAGUUGAAGAAUUUGCUGAACCCAAAUUGAAUCAAGACUCAAUCCCCAAAGAACCACAGGAACGCAUGAAGGCAACGAAAAGUUCAAAGAUCACUGUGCGUAGUGGCAAUUCCAGCAAAUCUAUCCGUUGGCUUCGGGAUAGUCUGGAUGAAUCUAGCUUCAAGAACAUCGUCGAUAAACUGUCCGGAAAGGUGCAGUUUACUUUCCCAUUGAUCGACCUGCAAGAUCGCAUGGGACUUCCGAUCAAGCUGAUGGUGUACUACGGUGAAUCGGAGAGUGAAGAUAUGAGCGUUUUGGGUAGACACUGGACCUUGGGCAAGGAUUGUAUCGUGCUGGAUCAUGGGAAUACGGUGUUUGCAGAUAAGCAUGAGUACUUUCUGGUGAAGGAUCAGACGAAGGUAAAGCUGGAGAGGGAUUGGAUGAAGCCCUCAGCUGGAGGGAAGAUAGCAUUCUACAUAGCUGGUCACAAAAAUGUGAUGUUUGAGUACUCGGUGCAGGAUGAGAGGUGGGAGGCCAACGAUGGUAAGAUCCGGUACGUGUAUGGCAUCAAGAAUCAAGGCGUGGUAAGUGUUCCAGGUUGGAAUGAUUGGUACGGACCGUCUGCAAAGUUUGAUCAGACCAAAAAUCAUGCCAUCCAAUGGAAUUUGGUAGAAAUAAGCAGCGUUGCCUUCAAAGACGUUAAAAUUAAGUAUUCUUACACUGCACUCGACACAAACACAAAUACGAUGCACCUGGCUAGCAUAAGUGAUGGGGAUAAAACUAAUAUUAAAUUCAGCUAUAAAUCAAUCAAGGUGGUAGAUAAGCAACCUGAUUCGAGUUUGGUGAAGGAACAUUCAUUUAUCAACAAUAAGUUAUUGGAAAAGGUAGAAAUAGAAACUGUAAGCAUUUCUCAAUCACUGAAAAUAACGAGCACCACAAUUGAUUCCUUGCACUACUUAGAAAGCAUAAGUCAAGAAGGCGAUUCAGAUCCUGUUUUAAGAUUCGAAUAUAACAGAGAAGAUCAGUUGAAGCCAAGAGUGGCACAAAUUCAGUUGCCAUCGAAGGCAGUUCUAAACUUUCAAUAUACAAAACAGGCCAUCCAAACCGAUCAAUUCAUACAGGAGAUAGACAAAAUGGCCGAUUUGUACACAGGAAACGAGUAUUCACUGCAAAUUACGAAGCAGGCAGGUGAAACAAAUCUCAUCGUAAAUUUUAAGGAUUCAUCAGGCAAAAAUGAUUUCGUCAAAGAUGAAACCUUGCGUAUAGAAAGCUACCGAGGGUUCAAGAUCAAAUCCUACAGUCCAAUCAUGAAGCGGAACUAUUUCGCGGUGGUGGUAAGCUACAGCGAAAAAAUUGCAGCAAGAAAAGGUCAAAAAGAGGAAGACGAAAAAGAAGCUAUUCAUAACAAAAUCAACAUUUUCAACAAAGGCGACGACGACAGGUGGAAAAUGGACCCCGCAAAUCAGAAUUCUAGAGUCACUAAUGAUAAAAACUUCAAGUAUGAUUUUCAGGAGGACUCGUUCGUUUACUAUCACUCGAACAAAGUUCACUUCGAGUACCACAAAGCGGGAAGCCACGAAUGGAGUUACGCUUCACAGGAUAUUGGUGAAACUUUUGCUCUUUCAUUGAUCAAUAGAGGAGCCAUCUAUUGGAAAGGUGACCUCAUGAUGAUACGAUGGGAUGCCUCAGGAAACUCUAGGCAGACAACUCUCAGUGAUCCAAAUAGUAAAGCCAGUGCAUCGGACAUUGGCUCAUUCUAUCGGUACAUCGCUGUUCAAGGAACCUACGCCGAAGACGUCGAAGGAUCUAAGAAAGAAGUAGAUGAUUACCAACGGGAUCUUACGGAGUCACUAUUAAGAAAUGGGCUUGUUGUGUACAACAAUCUGGUUGCACUGAGGACGGUCAUGUUGAGCUCACUCGGAAAAACUUCUAUCAAAGUGUUUCUCUAUCUGUUGAAAGGAGACUACACCGUCUCAAGCAGAUCUUCGAUUGAGAUGGAGGGUGAAGACAUCACUAAAUUCAACCUUACAUUAGACGUGUUUGACGAAUACAAAACAAAGGAUACCAGCCAACUGGACAAGUAUCGAUUUGAGUUCAAGAAAGAGAGCGACAAGUACAAGCUGAAGUUCACUGGAGCUACGGAUAUGAAUAAUAAACCAACUAACCCUUCAACAGAAAACCAGCAGCUCAUCGAGCAAUACGAACGGCGCAUGAAAAUCCCCUUGGACUUCGAGAAGUACAUGAUGCAGGUCAACCACGACGGGAUCAUCCUUAACAAUCAUCAGAUCAUACACAAUAACGGAAAAUUCGAAACCAAACCUUUGGACCGUGACACUUUGAAAUUGACGAAAUUCCGGAUUCCACUUGGUACUUUCUCCAACAUCAACAAGGUCUCUGAAGCCGGCGAUAUAAAGUUUUGUACCAAAACUGAGCAGCAAAAAUCGGAAAACUGCGUAAGUUUGGACAUCAAUACCGCACAGAACUUGUCGAUCAAGUAUCCGUACUACCUUGUGACGCAGAAGCGCAACGACAUCAAAGUUCUGCCGCUCAAGAUUAACAGUCGUGGUUGGGAAGAUCCGGUAGACUACAAGGGAGAAAUACUUCAUGGAUCAACCAGCCAUUCAGUUUUGGUGACUACUCGGAUCAGCGACAAAAAGACCAUCGUGAGACCGUUGAAAAGCUUGAACAAGAAAAACAGCGCUUCCACACAGGUCAUUUCGGCCGAGAAACUAUCGACACCGUACGACGAUUACCAGAUCAAAUACGAGUACUCCAACCCUGUGGUGUCCAUGAAUGAGAUCGCCUUCAAGACGACAGUGGUCAUUCCAGGUGGGGACAAGAAAGUCACUGGCUAUUACAAAGAAAAUAGCAACCUUCAGGCCAAUGAACAAAUAGUGCAAGUCAUGACGGCCGACGAUCAAGUGUUCGAUCCGGAAUACGUCAAACGCAUGAACGAAAUGAAGGAGGAAGAGAAUAAGCAACGAGAUCGUUCACAGCUUGACGAGGAGCAGACUGUCACCGACAAAAGCGGCAAGCAUCCAAUUUUGAAGGUUACUCCAUACAGCGUCAGCCAGAACCUAGUUCACUUCAUCGGAUUCGAAGACUACGAAGACACUAACGGAUGGACCGUCAAUCGAAAACCCUUAUCCGAUUCAGGCAGCAUUCGCCGAAAUGAGUUCUCUGCAACUGGUAGAAACUUCUUACUUCUGAAUAACGGAGAAGAAUUGUCCAGAGAGCUUCCCAACAUGCCAUACUACGAUAUCUUCAUUGCCAGUGCCUGGAUACGAACGACACAGGAGCUGGUCGUCGGUAGUCCUACAGACAUGAUUUCAAUCUACGUAGACAACCGACAAAUCAAAGGCGCCAUCAAGCAAAGUAUCGACGAAUGGAUCCAGGUUGAAGCUGCGACGACUUCCAUCGAAGUUACUGGAAGCAAUUCAGUGAAAAGGGUCACACUGAAAGUAGUCGUCAAACCGACCGGAGCUAAUACCAUUCACGUGGAUCACGUUAGAAUUUCCCCGAUGAACUUCAAUCUGGAAGCCAACGUCUACGAUUCGCACAUUGGUCAGCGAACUGCUCAGAUUCAAAACAAUGGGUACAUUUCCCGACGGCUGUAUGAUGUGUAUAACCGGCGAGUUGCCGAGGUUGAUGAAAAUGGAAACAUCAAAUAUAUGGCGAGCUAUUCCAAGCGAAUUGGGAACAAGAAAUCUACAAGCAAGCAGGAGGGAGGCAACAGCUCUAGAGUGCAAAUUCGGGCCAAGAGGAGCUGGUUGGAGUCAUUUUCUCCGUAUACUGUGGAAAAACGAUGGCAAUUUACGGGGGGUUCGACCGUAGAACCGUACAGCAUUGCUUUGCAAGGCAAAAUGACCUUCGGCUAUCCAAUUUCUGCAGAAUCAAUUUGCGUUCGAUUGGUGUACAGUUUGGCCAACAAUGCGCAGUUAUCGAUCAUGAUUGGGAAAGUUCAAGUUACAAUCAAAGCUAAUGCCGUUCAGUAUAAAGGAGCUUCCUAUUCCAGUCCAAGCAGCGCUGAGAUCAUUGUCUUUGUUACACCAACAUUUACCAGUAUUUGGGUGAACGGGCACCUUGGCAUGGAAACCUCAGAGAGCAGCGUGAAGUUCAGCAAUGAAACAAUCUCCUUACAAGCUACGGGAUCUGUUGAAGUCAAAGACCUAAUCAUCAUGGAGGACGCAGAGAUUCAGGUGUCCUACAUGAACCGCGAUUCCAAGCCGAUACAAGAGAUCCUAUUGCUUGACUCGAGCAACAUUCUAAUCCGCCAGAUGAGCUACGAUGUCAUUGGACGAAAGGUCGCUGAAACGGUUUGGGUUCAGAAAUCGCUUGCUGAUCGUAGUGCAGGUGGCUUCAAGGCUCUCAAGUAUCAUGACGAUUUUGUGUCCAACGACAAUCCUGCCAGUCCGGAUUACUUCCUCAAAUCUGGACCAAUGAAAGGCUUGGUGUCUGUCACCAACAAUAUGUAUGAAGGAUAUCCGUAUAGUCAAAUCGACUACUAUGGAAAUCCCUUGGAAGUUCGCCAUAAGAUCGGUCAACCUGGAAAGCACAACUCGGUUCGAGGUAAUUAUGCACAAGAAUAUUUGAUAGCUUCCGAUUUGCCUUUCAUUCAGAAGUUCUACCCGAAGGAGGAAGGAUACCGCCAGGAACAGGAGAAGUCUCCCAACGGAAAGAAGCACGUUGUUGUGUACAAUCGCAGAAACAAAAAGGUCGCCGAGUACACCCAGGUCAAAGACUUCAACAAUAUUCUGACUACGUACGUCUACGAUAAGCAUGGCAAUCAGAUUCAGAUGCUUCCACCAAGUUACUAUAGUGAACAACUGAAAAGCACCCAUCAAGGAUUUAAGCCGGAAAAGACAGUAGUCCAGUCGCCCUGGGCAGUUGAUUCAACGUACGACGAAUCCGGAGAACUGAUUGCAUCCAAAGUAACACCGGAUGGAGGCCGAGUUGAUUUCAUCUACAACGAAUACAACCAACUUCGCUAUCAGCUGCAUUACGGAGAAAACAGAAAGGUAGACAAGAUCGUCUACUUCCUGUACAACGUUUUCGGGCGAGUAUGUGAAGCUGGACAGGUGCUGGCUACUCCAGAUAUCGAAAGACAAGUACGCGAGACCACGAAAACUCAUCAACCACUCCCGAAACGUGAUUCAGCCGUAUACUUUGACUACGGAGAAACUGAGCCUGAGCCAUCGUUGCGUGGCCGAAUACAACGAACGGUGAAGAAAAACACGGAUGUCACGUUCAGCGAAGUGCUGUUUUUCGAUGAAGAGGGCAACGUUAUUCGCAAGAGCUAUAUUAGUCCAACGUCUAAUGAAACAUUGUCUCUAGAGUAUCUGCAGGAGAACGACAAGGUUUCCGGAAUUCAGUAUCCAUUUGGAGUGGAUGGACAACAGUUGGUUCUUAAGUUCCGGCACAAUUUGAGAGGGGAAAUCAUUGAAGUGUCCAGGAUAAACCGAAAGUCAAAGGACCAGGUUGAAUACAUUCCCAUUGCUGGUAUAGAUCAUGAUGCUGAAGGGAAAGUGACUGGAAUUACUCAUCAUUACGGAAAGAAUAAAUUCGGUCAAGCCUAUAAAUAUGUUGCUCCUGGAUAUUUGGCGGAAAUUCAGAAUGAUUACCUAACGGAGAAGUUGUACUACACGGAAAAAGGAUAUGGAUGUGAACCAACCGGAGAUGGCAGCAUUCUACGAACCGAGUUCAAAGCCAGUUGGCAUGAUAAGUGCGAUCAGAACUUGAUUCCUCUGACGGCCAGAGCAUUUGCUUCGAAUACGAUCAACUUCAACGUUGCAGAGACUUGUUUCGAUGCCUUGUUCGAUUUGGGUUAUAUCGAUACAAAGGGCCGGCCCGUGAAGACGUUUUAUCCGGAUUUGGAAACAAGAGUACCGUGGAAAUGCGCAACGGCACCUACUUGGAAACACAUUUCGGAAAUGCUGCUGGAAAAGGGCUACCCAGAACACUACGGACAUGCGUAUGACUACGGAAGUCAUGGAGAACUAGUUUCCGCCAAGAGUUUUGUUGGGCAGGAGAAGGACAACCUGGAUCCUCCUUUGUCAAAAGCCGCACUAUCAAAGGCUGGAUUCCGAACAACACAGGAUUUGGAUAAUUUCUGGAGCGAGCUCAACAAAGGCAUCAGGAAGAUUGAAGGCACCAGAGCACUCUUUGAAGGAUCUCACCAGCUGUCCAGUGGAUCCUUAGGAUCAGUGAUUCAUAGGCAGAAACUGAAUGCCAUACUGGAAGGUAAGGGUAGUGAUCCAUCAAUAUGUUCUACUUGGACGAAUGGUGAUAAGCUAGAGGAAGGAAAAUGCAAGAAAGAUUUCCAGUCAUUGUUCAACAAUCUAAAUCUCAAAGGAAUACUUACGAAACUAGACAGAAACCUACAGCCAAAGGUUUUGCAGAUUCUGAAGAGAAGUCUUGCAACUGUUCUGGGAAACUCCCCCGGAGACGUGGAAUCAUUCUCCAUCGAUCCAAAUGGCAACCAUGGUGUGUUCUAUACAGGAUUCAAACGCUUCGAGCUGAAGUACAAACCAAGAAAGAAUCAAAUCGAUACAAUCAAGGAAGGCAAGCAUGAUCGAGUGAUCGUACAUGACAGCGAAGGCAACGUGGUCAAAGCACUUCACAAAAACAUCGAAAAGAUUGAAUACGAUCCACUGACACAGCGAGUCUCCCGCAUUGAGUUGACCAACAAAUCUUUGGUGCUGGAAUUUGGCUACGAUUUCCGGGGUGAACGAACUGUGAAGCGCGUUCGCAACAAGAACAAUGAAGUAAUCUCGGAGCUCUACUACGUCCGGGACAACAAAGGAAACGUUUUGGUGGAAUACAAACAGGAGUACCCCAACCCGAAGGAGCCGAGCAAGCCCAUCAGUACGGUCACUGCUUACAUUCACGGUCCGCUGGGUCUUCUCGGGUUCUUCCGCAACAACAAGUACUACAACGUCCUUCUCGAUCACGAAGGCUCCACACGGCUCGUCAUCCACAAUGGCAAAGUAGUUGCUGCCUAUGACUACCUUCCGUACGGGCAAAUGAUUCGCAAGUACGGAUCCAACCCGGAGGCUCACAUUGCCUUCCGCUACACCGGACAAGAGUUUGACGAAGAAACUGGCCUCUACAACUACCAUGCCCGUAUCUACGACCCGGAUAUAGGUCGUUUCUUCCAGAUGGACCCCAUGGAACAGUACGCUAGUCCAUACAAAUACGCUGGUAACUCGCCCGUCUCACAGAUCGAUCCGGACGGUCAAAUCGCUGUCACCUUAAUAUUGAUGAUAGUUGGUGCGAUUGUUGGAGCUUAUCUGGGUGCAGCCUCGGCAAACAACAGUUGGAACCCGGCCAAGUGGGCUUGGAAUGAUAAGAAGACCUGGAUUGGCCUGUUCGCCGGUGCACUGAUGGGAGCAUUCGCAGUGUACGGAGGAGCAGCAUCCUUUAGCUACUUCACAGCUAUGUUUGGUGGUUCCAUGAUUGCAGGUGCGUUGGCCACGGGAGCCAUUUCGGUGGCCGGUGCUUUCCUUGGGGCGGCCGCGGCUUCUAACGAGUGGAAUCCAGCCAAAUGGGAUUGGACGUCACCGGCCGUAUGGAAUGGACUUUUCACGGGAGCGUCGAUAGCCGUUACUUUCCCAUCCGGAUUUGUUGGAAUCACACGCAGCUUCCUCUCAAUAUCGACCAACUUGGUUAGAACGAUAUACGCGACAUUGAUGUUGGGUGGAUUCUUGCUGCUUGUUUGGCUUGGUGGAAGUAUGGCAAAUCAGUUCAAUUUCCAAAUGUCCGAAUGGGACUGGAAGAGCCCUCGGACAUGGUUCGGGAUGAUAGAAGGUGCAUCGACCAUCUUCAUGGGAGUUGGUGGCACAGCUAAACAUGGUGCUAGCAAGAUUCACUACGUAGUUAAACCUGGUAAUAUGAAGGUGGCUUGGCACAGGAUCAACAUCCCAGCUAAGUCUUUCACAUUACGGAAGGUGAAGGAUACAGUCAUUGUAACAUGGUACAAAAACGGUCAAGCAGUAAGUAAACAGAUGCUGAAGACUACUGUUAGGGCAGAUCUGGCGAAAAUUCCCAAGAACUCAGUGGCUUUGCAACGGACCUUCUUCAUGCCGUAUCAGCGGCUGGCCUACGCAGCAAUCACGGCACCCGUAUUGGCCGGAGCAAUGUUUAGACGCUACCAGGAUCACUUUGCCAACCAUCCCAAUGGGACUCUGACGAAACCGGUCCGGCGGAAGCGGUUCGCUUCGAUGGCAAACUCAGCGGCCGGACCCGGUGUUUCGAGUUUUUUGAACGAUCUCUUCAGCGAUGUAUCGGAUUUCUUCAAUUCGUUCUUCAUCCACACGGAGAAUCAACAGGUCUUUGAUUCGGAUCGAUCAAUCGGGCUCGCAAAGAAGUAUGAUAAUCGUCCGCUGGAAGAUCUGCCUAGCAGGUCGUUUCAAAAGCUGUGCUAUUCUCCGAAUGUCGAAGGCAAUCAAAUAAUUUGUCCCCAACGUGAAUCCACGGUGAAUGUCUUCUCCAAACUCCCGGCAUUCGAACCUGAAUUAUUCGGACAAGAUUCGUUCGGCAAAUGUAUGCCACUGACGUGGCAUGAUCGGCCUUCGAUCGUAUGCGAUGGGCAACAGACGACCUUUGUCUACACGCCUGUUCAGAGCCUUAGGGUGUUUGAUUUGGUGGAUGGGUGGUUGAUGCUCGCUAGAAUCACUCCGGCUGCAGUUCGGAACGUGACGGCAGGGUUCAGCUUCCUGAAGAAUGUGUUUAUCGGGGAGUGUAGAGAACGAGCUUCUCCGAUGAGACAUCGGAUGGAUCGUUGCAAACAGCAAUUGGAAUGCAAAUUGCUUGCUCUGAAGGAUGCGAUGGUGGGCAAGAAACCAUCCGAAGUGCAAUGGGCUGAGCCUAUUGUGAGCGAUUUGGAAGACGACAUUGGGGAGUUUGUACGAAGCAAGAACUCAACUCAAGAGGACUUUGAAUUGCUACAAGAGAGGUUGAGUUCCCUGAGGGAAGAUGUUAUGGAGGAAUCUGGUUUUGAUCAUGGUUUGAACAUGACCGCAUUGUUAGGGGAAAUGCUAAAGCGAAUGAAUGGUCAGGAUGUAGUUUUCAAUUCAGCUGCUGACUUGAUUUCGUUCAAGGAAGCACCUGUCUCGUUUGUUUUACCAGAAGGCCAUUUACUGAGGUAAUGCAUUUGAAGUUUUUUUCGGGGGCGCAUUUUCGUGUGUCAAAGUAGCAGCUAAAAUGAUGGGAGAAAAAACAUAUUUGCCAGUAAUACAGAAAUAAGAUAAUUUAUGUUAAACAUGUUCUGAUGCCUAGAAGAUAGAUUUUACAUGGGGUA